AUGGAUGUCUCCUUACCAGUUGACAAAUUAUCUACUCGAUCAAAACCUGAGGACAAAACUUGUGUAGUGCUUGUGGCAACUGGCUGUUUCAAUCCUCCAACUUUCAUGCAUUUACGCAUGUUUGAGCUGGCGAGAGAUGCAUUACAAUCAGAGAGAUUUCAUGUUCUUGGAGGCUAUAUGUCUCCUGUAAAUGAUGCAUACAAGAAGAAGGGCCUUUUAUCUGCAGAGCAUCGUUUAGAGAUGUGUAAUCUAGCCUGCAAAAGCUCUGACUUUAUAAUGGUUGAUCCAUGGGAGGCAUCACAAAACAGCUACCAACGAACUUUGGUGGUUUUAUCAAGAGUCAAGACUUUCUUUACAAAAAAUGGACUUGUACCCGAGGGAUCUCUCAAAGUCAUGCUAUUGUGUGGCUCGGACUUACUGCAAUCUUUCUGCACUCCUGGUGUUUGGAUCCCUGAACAGGUAAAGACUAUUUGCAAAGAGUAUGGCAUUGUGUGCAUCCGUAGAGAAGGACAAGAUGUUGAAAAUAUGAUCUCUAGUGAUGAAAUCUUAAACGAAACCCGGGAUAACAUCAGAAUCGUCGACAAUUUUGUUCCUAAUCAGAUCAGCUCGAGUAGAUUAAGGGAAUGCAUUUCGCGAGGAUUAUCGGUUAAGUACUUGACUGAAGAUGGAGUUAUAAAUCAUAUCAAACAACAUCAACUUUACACUGACAAAAGCUGA